UUUCUUUAUAUUUUUGUACAACAGCAGUUUAUGACUGUCAAGCUCCAAAAGGAUAAAACAACAUAUCCAAUGAGUGAAUGAAUGAAUGAAACUAAUGACUUAUGAAUGUUUUUUUUUUACACAUUGCUAGAGUAAUAUGGACUAAUUUUAUGGUGCCUUCUGGUCCAUUCUGGAGCUUAAGACACAUUAAGUUUCUUCAAAAAGUUUUUAAAUGACAGAAGGUUCAUUUUUUUUCGGGUUAAUUAUUCUUUUUAAAGACAGAAAUACAGUAACAGUCUUAAUCAUGGCCUGUGCAUUUAUUUGUCGCAUUCUUUGUGAUAUACUCACUCAGCCAAACCUCAGACUUUAAAUUGCACUUUUAUAAUGCCACACUGUAUACAGAUGUUUGGUCACAAGUAGACAAAAAUGUAUGUAGAUGACUAUAGUAUGUGCCACUUUUUUGUACAAUAAUUGAAAAUUCAGUGUUCAAGAAAAAUGUAAAUAUUUCCUCAAUACAAUUGAUGUUACAGUUUUUGUAUAAUUUGUCAUUUUUUUUCUAGUUUUCAAUGUUCAGUCUUUUCUCACACAGUAAGAAUGUAGAAUUCUCAGUUUCUUCAGUCAUGACUGUGAAACGAUUUCUUGACACAAAUAAAAUGAUUCUUAACAUUUUCUGACUGAAUAAUGUGUAUAUAGAGUCAUUUCUCAAACUAUCUUCUUACAGAUUUGUAAUGACAUAAGGGAAAGAAUAUUAAGACAGAAUUUUAUUUUUUAAGCACACCCUUAAGGGACUUUUAAGGUUCUCUAGCUGUUUUAAAUUAACAUAAUUCAAAUGACUUUAGAUCACCAGUGUGUUAGAUCAAAUCUUAUCACCAAUGUGCCAAAUGAUCUGCUUCUAAUGAGAAACGUCUGGCUUCUAGUGUACAAAUAUAAAUAACGCAUUGGCGCCCUCUAUCGAUUGAACAUUGAAAAAACAUUUAAUUUUCCUGUAAACGGGGACCUCAACCAACAGAUGGCCCCCCAGUAUUAAAAAAAGCUAUUAACUUUAAGAACAUUAACAGUUAUUAAUAUAUUAUAUAAUUCAUAACAGAUUAUCAGUUAGAAAUAAUGUAAUUAAUGUAAGUUGUACGAUUAAAAUGUCCAGUAGGCCUACUUAAAUGUUUUACUAGUAUCUUUAGAUUCUAGAUCUAAUGAAUGGUUACUACUUAAGCUAUAUUAAGUAGGUGUCACAAUUGAAAUUGUGUCCGUAGCAAAUACAGCUGAUAUAUGAAAAAUAGAUCCCCAUACAAUUUAAUAGCAAAUAACAUUAGUUAAUAUACUACUCCACAAUAGUUACUAUUUGCUAAAAUUUUCAACUUUAAAACGGUUUUGAGAAAUAUAGCCAAUAUGAGACGUUUUAUAAAAGCAAGAGUAUCAUAACAUGCAACAGUUCUCCAAACGAACCGCGCCCACUGAACUCCAGACUCCUCCUCCGGUGUGACUGUACGUGCCUUGCGUCGCUCUUCUCCUCUCUUUCCCCUACACACCAGAUACAUCCAGACCGCAGACAUGGCUCCAUAAGGGUGCACAUGGCGGCUAGCAGCCAUGAACCAAAAAACAACUCACCAAAAACUACAGAUGCAUUUCCGAUUUGAUUGAUUUUCGAUUGAUCAACUAUCACAUCCGCCGCAAUAUUCUUCAAUCCGGUUUUCAGCAUUCGGGAGAGGCUGCUUGCUUGCAACUCUCUCUCUCUCUCUCUCUGUCUCCAUUUCCUCCAGGCAAUUUUACGUUCUUACUCUACCCGAAAUAACAGUAGAUAUCAUAUUGUAAAACAACAGUCAUGGGUGUGCAGGGUUUCCAGGAAUACAUUGAGAAGCAUUGCCCCAAUGCCGUGGUGCCGGUGGAGCUCCAAAAGCUCGCCCGGGGGAGUCUGGUCGGCGGCGGCCGGCAGAGACCCCCUCAAACUCCGCUCCGGCUGCUGGUUGACGCCGAGAACUGCCUGCACCGGCUCUACGGCGGCUUCUACACCGACUGGGUGAGCGGAGGCCAGUGGAACCACAUGCUCGGGUACCUCGCAGCCCUCGCCAAAGCCUGUUUCAACGGCAACAUCGAGCUGCUAGUGUGCUUCAAUGGCGCCCUGGAGAAAGGCCGUCUCCACGAGUGGGUCAAGCGACAGGUGAACGAGAGGCAGACCGCCCAGCAGAUUGUAAGCCACGUCCAGAACAAGGGAACCCCACCGCCCAAGGUCUGGUUCCUGCCACCGGUGUGUAUGGCUCACUGUAUCCGCCUGGCGCUCCUCAGGUUCCACAUCGGGGUUGUCCAGACCAUCGAGGAUCAUCACCAGGAAGUGAUUGCCUUAUUUAGGGAAAAUGGGUUCCAUGGCUUAGUUGCCUAUGAUUCUGAUUACGCCCUGUGCAACAUCCCGUGCUACUUCAGUGCCCAUGCUCUCAAACUCAGCCGCAACGGCAAAAGCCUCACCACCAGCCAAUACCUGAUGCACGAAGUUGCCAAGCAACUAAAUCUCAAUCCAAAUCGUUUUGUCAUUUUUGCUUCACUUUUAGGUAAUCACAUACUGCCUGAUGAAGACUUGGCUGCCUUUCACUGGAGUUUACUUGGUCCUGAGCACCCCUUAGCAUCCUUGAAGGUCCGCGCGCACCAACUCGUUCUUCCUCCAUGUGAUGUCGUCAUAAGAGCCGUGGCAGACUAUGUCCGCAACCUACAAGAUGUCCAUGACCUGGACGCAAUCACUAAAGACAUAUUCAAGCACUCUCAGUCCAGAACCGAUGACAAAGUUGUCCGUUUCAAAAAAGCAGUGGAGUAUUACGCCACCGCCAGCAAGCCCCCUUACUUCCCUCCCUAUUUAGUCAGACCAAAUCAGAUGGGAGUGCCAGCAGCACCGCAGAUGCUUAACAUUCCAGGCAAACCUGGGGUCCAGCAUGGCUAUUCCGGCCCACCGUUGGCCGAGCCUGUCCAUGAGGCGGACCCAUCGGGUAAAGGGCUCCUAGAACAAAACAGCUACAGCAACAUUCCUAGUGACGGAAAGGAGCACACGCCGCUCUAUGAGAGGUUGUCCCCCAUCAACCCGGCUCACGGCGGCAACUCCAACCACACAGACCCAGCCUUCCUCACCACGUCGUCCACAUCCUCGUCCUCAGAGAACGAGGAAAACAUGGGCUCCACUGCCAACCAUGUAAGUGACCAUAAGGGAUGGGACAAACAGAGAAACCAGAUGGACAACAUCCCAGAAGGAGACCAUGGGGACCAAAAUAAAUCUGAUCCCUCUGUGACCUCCCCUGUAAACCAAGGCCUGGUGGGCAGAGGUCACGUAGGGGUCAAUGCCCAGAUUCCAUCCCUCCUUUCGAUGCCAACAAGAAAUCACAUGGAUAUUACCACUCCCCCUUUACCAAUGGUGGCACCAGAGGUGCUACGAGUCGCUGAGCACAGACACAAAAAGGGCCUCAUGUACCCGUACAUCUACCAUGUUCUUACCAAGGGUGAGAUAAAGUUAUCUGUCACCAUUGAGGAUGAAGCUAACAAAGACCUGCCCUCUGCGGUGCAACUGUACCGGCCAAUCCGUCAAUAUGUUUACGGGGUGCUCUUCAGCCUGGCCGAGGCCAAAAAGAAGGCAGAGAGACUUGCCAUGAGGAGAAAUCGCCUCCCAGAUUAUCCAACAGUGAUAAUAAAAGAAUGGGCUGCUUACAAAGGCAAAUCGCCACACACCCCUGAACUAGUGGAAGCUCUUCCCUUCCGGGAGUGGACCUGCCCAAACCUGAAGAAACUCUGGCUGGGCAAGGCAGUGGAGGACAAGAACCGGAGGAUGAGGGCUUUCUUGGCCUGCAUGAGGUCGGACACUCCAGCUAUGCUGAACCCUGCCAAUGUCCCCACACCUCUCAUGGUGCUCUGUUGUGUACUACGGUUUAUGUUACAAUGGCCAGGAGUAAGAAUUUUGCGUCGUAACGAACUUGACGCUUUCCUAGCUCAAGCACUUUCUCCUAAACUUUAUGAGCCUGACCAGCUGCAGGACCUGAAGAUUGAUAACCUGGAUCCACGCGGCGUUCAGGUGGCUGCUCUUUUUAUGAGUGGAGUGGAUAUGGCGCUGUUUGCCAAUGACGUGUGCGGGCAGCCCAUUCCCUGGGAACACUGCUGUCCGUGGAUGUACUUUGACGGCAAGCUGCUACAGAGUAAACUCAUCCGGGCCAACAGAGACAAGGCCCAACUCAUUGACCUCUGCGAUGGUCAGACAGAACUAGUUGCCAAGGUAGAGAAAAUGCGUCAGAGUAUCCUGGAGGGUCUGAACUUCUCUCGUCCACCCCAGCCCCUCGCAUUCCCCCCUCCACCUCCACACGGAAUGCCUUUCUACCCUCACAACAGCACCUUCUACCCUCCACCUCCUCUGCCCCCAAUGCAGGGUAGAGGCAGGGGCAUGCCUGUUGGCCUUCAAGCCAUCCCCUCACAAGGUGGUAAGCUUGAGAUUGCAGGCACUGUGGUGGGUCAAUGGGCCGGUAGUCGUCGUGGAAGAGGAAGAGCAUCGUUUCCCAUACAGGUGGUGUCAGUUGGUGGACCAACCAGAGGUCGUCCAAGAGGUGUGAUUUCUACUCCUGUUAUAAGGACCUUUGGUCGAGGAACCAAAUACUACAGUAGAUCAUACCAGAGCAAGCCUGUUUAUGCUGCCUCAACCAAUGACGUGUUAAAAGACAGAAAAAAGCCCAAGUUGGCGACCAAAACACCACAUCUGCCCUCAGAAGAUGCAGCAGAGAACGGCUUGGUGGAGGGUAAAGAGGAAGACCAGCUCAAUGGAAACGAAGGGGAAAGCAGGGCUCCAAACCAACCUGAAAGUGCCUUUAGCAACGAAUCUAAAAUGUGCAAUACUAAUCCUCAUUUAAAUGCACUAAAUGAAGACGGUGAGGGCCUCAGAGAUGAAGCUCUGGGCGCCACUGUCUUACAAGCAGAAGAGUAAACCUAUUUUUAUAGAGAGGGUGAAGGUUGAUGGAAGGUUAAGUGUUAAGGAAUAUCUGGAAGGAUGGAAGGCCUACAGUUGGUGUACAUUUUUUCCUCUCCGAAAGCGAUAAAUGAGGACUUACGAAUUUUUGAAAUCCCUCUUCGAUGUCAGCGAGUUAAAGCCACAAGUAAUGAUGAGGAUACCUCUCAGUAAAACAUAGAUAUACAAGUCAAUAAAUAGAGAAUCUUACCAGUUUAACGAUGAAAGACGGUGUUCUCCCUCAUCAAUGAUAUUACGUGUUUUAAAACUGGUUACAUGAAAUUAUUUUACUUUCUUGAUGAAAUGCAGAAACCGAAAUACUGAUUUUAUUUCAUUUGCCAGUCUUUUAGUUUUAGUAAGUUGAGAUUCAAGUACCAUAUAUAUAUUUGCCAUUGUAAUUGAGUUCGUAUUGUCACGGUAAAUGCUUUUUUAUUGUUUGAGAACCUAAAACUCACGAUUUGAAAAAGAGAAAACCAACAACGCAUUUCUCACGUGUCACCACUGUGAGUUUACUCGUGUUUCAAAUGUGCGGUUGUUUUGACAUUGAGUAAUUAGUAUUACUACUGCAUCUUAAGUUCUGAUGAUUUCAAUGUCAUACAUUAGCGGUUAUAGGUAAUAUGUCAAGAAAUGGUUAGAAAAAUCUCACGAGUUGCAAAUGAGCUCUUGAAAAAACACCAAUGUCUCUUUCCGUGUCAGAAAAUGCCAUGCAUCAGUGAUCAGCGAUCAAUGUGGUUUCUUGAAUCAAACGUAGCACAUUAGUACAACUGUCUCAGCUAAACUUUCUGCAUGGCUCACAAUUAAAAGAAAAAAAGGUGUGUAGUUAUAAUGCAUGUUGUCCUAUUUCUUCCUUCAUUACAAAUACCGUGCCCAUCUGCAAAAUUUAAAAAGGCUGAUAAUCAGUAAUAGUCCUAUAAAAGGUGUUAACUGUUAGUCAGUAACUGAUUUGCGCUAACCCUAAGUUGAUUAUUUUUGUGAUUUAUUGACCUCUGUUGUAUUUACUCCAACAUUAUCUAGCCACGUUAAAUAUUGUUAAUCCUGGUGUACUCAUCACUGUAUACAUUAUUGUUCUCUGUUGCUGUUUUUCGCAUUCAUACUAGCAUACCAUCUCUGAAAAAACAAAAUCUUUGGAAAAAAAAAAUGGCUUUGAUCUUAAAUUCUUCCCCCUUUUCUUAGCUCGGAACAAGUUUUGCGAAACAUUCGACCCUCCCAUUUGAGAGUUUAGCCUAAACAAGUACACUUGUAAUCAUUUUGAUGUUUACUUUAGUGUUUUCAGAACUUAUAAACGUACUUCUAAACGAGAAUCAUUACUUCUCCAUCUAAUCCUCCUGAUGCUUUUCAUUGCACAUUAGUGAUCAGAAAUAUGGUGUAUUCCCCUCAGUCCCCUGCCGCAAGUCUAAGUAGGUUACCUUGAUGUAAGUUGAUCGGAGUUUCUUCCUAACUCAUGGAUUGUAAAAGAAUGAACUACUGUUGGGUUUGAGUGAUUGUUGAUGGAUUGUGGUGUGAUGUACUUGAAGGAAAUUGAAUGCAACUUACAAUGCUUAAUAAAAGUCUUUAUUCUUUUAGAAUAA